GAGGCUCGCGGCUACAUUACGGGGAACCGAGCGUCGGAAUUAAAGAUUCCCGUCGUUCGGGCCACCGGGAGACGUUAACGUCGCAUUUUUUCCUUGAGAAAAACAGCCCGUCUCUCAAAGGCGUUUGAAAUCGGACACCGCUGGCGUUGAGGCCCUCACUUUUUUGUGCGGAGGGAUACGUUGUUGCGUCUGACAAUGUGGACGGAGGUGGUGAAGAUGUCUACGAGAAGAAUGAAAUCAUCUCAGUUGUAACAACAAAAAAGGAAGACGUGAGAUUAGUUACUAUAAUAGAUUUGUUUGCACACAGACUUGUUACAGUGAAGCAAACACGUGGGCCGCGGUGUGAAAAAGCAAGGCUUUCCCGGGACAAAAGGAAGAUAUCUACUGUGCUCCAAUGCGUUUCAUGCACUGAGGUCGAAAUUCUCUUGAAGUUUUAUGUUUUUCCCCUUGCGAGUCUCCGCUUUUCUUUUUACUGUUGGAUAUCAGACACUUGGAGAGGAGAGGGUUUAUUAGAGACUGAAGGGUAUGAACGAACAGCAGCAAAGAAUGGCUGCAGUGGGAACUGACAAGGAACUCAGCGACCUCCUGGAUUUCAGUGCGAUGUUCGCGCCUCCAGUAGCCAACGGGAAAAACAGGACAAUGACACUCGCCAGCAGUCAGUUUGGGGGAUCAGCAAUAGAUGAGCGCAGCGGCUCUGGGUCUUGGGGCUCCACAGAACAGAGCAGUCCCUCAUUCAGCCAAGGACGGGGCUAUGGAGAAGGAUCCCACUACAAUGAGCAUGAAGGCUUGUCUUCUCCUUUCAUCAGUUCAGGGAUUGCUGGUAAAAACGAGAGGCCUCCAUACCCCCCCUUCGGAAGCCAGCCGGGUUUUCUUCCUAGCGACAUAGCGAUGCCCAGCCCAGAUGCCAUGUCCCCUUCUGGUCUCAAGUCUGGCUCUCAGUUUUAUCCGUCAUACCCCAACAACCCCAGGAGAAGGCCGACUGAUGGAGGCAUAGACACCCAGCCAAAGAAGAUUCGGAAACCCCCUGGCCUGCCGUCCUCGGUGUAUGCUUCCACAUCUGGUGAUGAGUAUACCAGGGACAAUGGAGGAUAUCCUGGUGGUAAGCCUGGAGCCGUGUACCCUGGCUCCUUCUACAUGCAAGAAGACCCUUGGUCAUCUUCCGGCUAUUCUGCCAUGCUGGGUAAUUCCCCUCACAUUGGACAGCCAGGAUCCUUCUCUGCAAUUAACCAACAGGACAGGAUGAAGCGUCAACCCCUGCCUCUGUCCCCACAGAACUAUCCUCUGCAUGGCAGCGAAGUCAACGGCUUCCACUCAGCCCCCACCACCUACAACCACACACCCACCAUCAACGGAGAAGGCAUCAUGGCAGCCAACCGAGGCACCAACGCUGGCAGUUCAGGAGAUGAAAUUGGGAAAGCUCUUGCCUCAAUUUACCCAUCGGACCACAACUGUAAUAAUUUCUCCUCGGCUCCAUCUACUCCUGGAUCUCCUCAGGCUAUUGCAGGAGCUCAGUCUCAGUGGCAAAGACCAACCACACCCAACUAUGAAGGGCCGCCACACCCACUGCAGAGUAAAAUGGAGGACCGUUUGGAAGAGGCCAUCCAUGUGCUCCGUAGCCAUGCUGUGGGCCAGGGCCCUGGCUUAGAGGGCGCCCACUCCGACAUGCACAGCCUGCUGUCCUCAGUACACAACGGGGGCCUCGGAGGCCUCUCUCCAGCUUUCCCCAAUGCUAGCCUCGCACUCAGCAACAGACAUCCUGCUAUGCAGGGAGGCAAACAUGAGGAGCCCACAGGCCUUCCUCCCAGCAGCACUCUCCUGCACGGCCAUCACGCAUCCGGACCCACACCGUCAGUUGGCCAGCCGGAAGGCUUUACCAGUCUUCCUGGUGGCAUGGCCCGCUCCACACACUCCUCCAGCAGCUCAGACAUCAAAAGAGAAGACAAAGAGGAUGAUGAAAACUCAUCCAUUGCAGACAAGUCAGAUGACGAAAAGAAGGACUCCAAGGCAGCACGCAGUCGAACAAGAAAGGAGGCGUUGACCCUCCAGAUGCUCUCUGGUCUUUCAGACCCGAAAGAUGAUCAGGACAAUGAAGAUGACGAGGACCUUCCCCCCGAGGUGAAGAUGGAGCGUGAGAGGGAGCGGCGAGUGGCUAACAACGCCCGUGAGCGUCUCAGAGUACGGGACAUCAACGAGGCAUUUAAGGAGCUUGGGAGGAUGUGCCAGCUGCACCUCAGCCACGACAAACCUCAGACCAAACUGCUCAUUCUUCACCAAGCUGUCAAUGUCAUCCUCAAUUUAGAACAACAAGUCAGAGAGCGCAACCUUAACCCCAAGGCAGCAUGUUUAAAACGCCGCGAGGAAGAGAAGGUGUCUGGGGUGGUGGGUGAAGCACCCAUGCAGCUCUCAGGAGGCCAUCCUAGCAUGGGAGGAGAUGGCCACAAUCCAGUUGGCCACAUGUAACACCAGAUCUGGUGGUGUUUCCCUGGCUGUCAGAGGAUGUGGCCUUAACAGAUUUCUUCCACCCAUUAUUCUCAGUGUGUGUGUAUAUGUGGACAUGUCUGUGUAUUGUCCGUUCAAGUUUCAAGAUGCACAUUCACACACUCGUACACACAUGCAUACUGCCAAAACUGACACAGCCUGUUUGUCGCACUCCCAACCAUGACUACAAGCUCAAAUGUGAAGAACUUUUUUUUUUUUUUUUUUUUUUUUUUUUGCUGUUGUUUAUACAUGUAAGAUUUUUAUUUUCUUUUUUGGUUUCCACACAAUGAUGGAAUGCCGGAGUACUUUUUUGUCCUGCCACACAUUGGGACUUCACACACUGCCGAGAGGUGCUCUGGUGGAAAAAAACAAAAAAAGGAGACCUAAACAAACACAAAUUGAAUCAAGGAUUUGUGCCUAAUUGUUACAUGUUUUCUAUUUGACAUUUAAGCAAAUUGCUUUACAUGUGAGGAACAUUUAUUGUGAGGGAUUGCUUAUGUGUAUGAGCAAUUAUUUUUUAAUGUAUGUCAUUCCCAGCGUGAUGGUACAGUCUUACAUAUGUUAUGUAACCAAGCCCAUAGUUGAAGUUGAAUUGUCAAAAUUCAGUCACUUUUUCCUUGUGUGUGUGCGUGUGCGUGUGUGGAAGGUGGUGGAAAGGUCGCAAGGCAAACGUCGUAGUUUUGACAGUUCAAAUGCAGCUUAACAUGAAAAAUGGGAACUCUGACCUAGAGGCUGUCUCUGACUGAAGCCUGGUCGCAUCCCACAAGGCAUCUGGAGACUUGGAAUCGAAGACUUCUUCCUUGAAGGUUAUGAAUUAUCCAAGCGGUAGAAUCUGUCAACUACAAAAACUGUUCUUCCUCUUUGUUGACCACGAAUUCUAGUGUUACUCCAGUAGUCCCUUGUUAUAGAUCCAGGUUUUUGUACUGCUUUAUGUACUAAAGCAUACAUUGACAAGACAAAGCACAGUUGUAUAGUUCUAGGCUGGAAGUUAAGUGUUGACCUGUAUUGCAUUUCAGUCCCUGAAAGUCUUGUACAAAAGCCAUUUGAAUCACUCGCUAAGUAAACGGCACCAUUUAGUGCUGUUGCUUUCUUGAAAUGGUUUACUGACAGUGCCAGCAGACUUAACAGCUCAAGUCUUUCCCCUUAAUUGAUUAUCUGUAAAAGACAAAAAAACAAAAGAAAAAAAUCUGGGUUUCUUUAAAGGAGGGAUCUCAUCUGUCCGCAGUUGUCAAAGCAGACAAGCCUUUUGUGUAAGUGAGGCUUUCUUUUCCUAAAUGAGCAUUCCCACUGAAUUACAGCCCCUCACCUUCCUCCUGAGUAAGUGUGUUCUCACGUUUCUUACCUGAGAGAAGUGUGACGUGUAAAUUCACUUCAUACAUUAUUCUGUUUCAUUUUUCAAAAUUAAAUAUAUAUAAAAAUAUAUAUUUUUUGUUAGUCUAUACAUUGUAGAUUUUUUACAUAAAUGGCAAUAUUAGUUUGAAGUUUAGAGUGUAUUGUAGAUGAGCUGUAUAAGGGGAUAUUUGACAUUUAAAUGAAAUUGUUAAAAAAAAAAAAGGAAAAAAAAUUAAUUCAAAAUUGAACUGGGAUGGCAGAGGAAAAAGGGUCAACAGAUGAUAAAAUGAAAAAAAUGUCGAAAGCGUUUGGUGUAUCCUUUUUAAUUCCAGUUUUAGUUGCAAGGCGCAUCAUCAGCUACCCAGAUGAAUUCUUUCUUUCCAUUUGGGCGUAUAUGGACAGUUUGUGCCGCGGUCCCGUUGAGGCGUUCUUACUUGGGCGGCGAGGCACUGACGAAAAAAAAAACGUGGGAAGGGAUUUUUGUCUCGAACAGUAAUUAUGCAACUGGUUUUUGAAUGUAGCUACCAUACAAAUGUGGAUCGCCUUCAUUUUCAAAGUUGUGUUCCUGGGUUUUUUGUCAGUACAGUAUAAUAGUUUUCUUUUCACCUUUUUUCUAAUGUCUGCCCUCAACCAAGUGGCUCUCAAGCGUGCAGAUCACUGUUAAGGUUUCCUGCACACGUUUUUUUGUUUUGGAGGCAGGCGUCGGUAUUUGGGUGUAAGGUAAUGGAUAAUAUGGAGAACAAAACAGUGUUAUUGUGAUGUUAUUCCCAUGUCAUGUCAUGUUGUGAAUGGUUUCUUUUUACCAACAUGUAAUCACAAAUGGGAGGUAGAGCAUUUUGUGUGUUUAAUUUCUACAAAAAAAAAAGAAAAAAAGAGAUGAAGAAAAAAGACCUAUACAAAUCAAUAGUGUGGCCUUUUCAUUCUCAAGACUUAAGAUGUCAUGAUGGGAGAGUGAUACCUUAUCAGUGCCUGAACUUGUAUUUUCAUUUAAGACAGUUUUAUUUUGUGAACCAUAUCAUUUCAUUUAUCAUGGAGAUUAAAGAGGUACUUGUUCAUUCCCCCACCCUCCCUUCUCCUAAUGCUUUUUUCAAUUUUCAGGAAGAAGUUUAAAUGGUAUAAAAGAGAUUUUCUUUCAGUGUAUCUAGUUAAAUAAAUAAAUGUUACGUAGAUCUUGUUUAGUUUUUAUUCCUUUUUUCUAAUUAUUCAACUGGAUUAUAUUGUCCAAACUGCUGUUUUAGUUAAGGUCAUGGUCACGGGUCCAGGUCGUGAGUUUUCUUUCUGUCUGCCCUAUAUUUGCUAAAUCACUUGACAUGACGGGGUUCAAGAGAUGCUGCUUUUGGCUCUGAUUGUCUGCCUUUGAUGCACAUAAACGUGUUUCAGUAUGUAUUGCUUCGGUUUCAAUGUAGGGAGUGAGUUUUAUUUUCCAUAGUAGCUGGAACCUCUACUGAUUUGGAGCAUUUUAAAUUUUCUGUAUAUCAGAGUGCAAGCCCUUUGCUGCAGUGACUUUCAGUAUAUUUAGUCAUUAGUGACAAUUUUCACCCCUGACCUUUACUCUUCCAGCUCUUUGGUGGCGUUGACAGUGGCUUUUUGUGAGACGUUCUAAUCGCCUCUCUCAAAAAGUUGUAUUUGAAGUUUUGUCUAUCAUUACAAGAUCAGUAAGUGUACUGACUAUUGCUGAUUUGUUCUAAAAGGGGAAAAUCUGACUAGAUGUCAUUGAGUAUUUUGUCAGCAUCCUGUUAACCUGCAAGCUACAAAUUCUGUGGUUGGGGGAACUUUUAUUUCUUGACAUAGACACAGUUUGAAAUCUGCAUUAAAAACAAACAAACAAACAAACCCCCUUUGAUCACUGCAGGAGCAUGUAAAGUUUUCAGCUGAUGGGCUUGGACUUGUUUUGGUAAAAGAAAGCAGUGAUUCAAACUUGCUUUCAAUAAUUUUGUCAUAUCUUUGUUGAACUAAAAAGGGGUGAGACCAUUGAGUGUUAAAUACAUUCGCAGGUACAGAGCUUGACAUCUUGGAGUGAGGACGCUGUCGACUCCUCCAGGGUCCUCAGAGUGCCUCACUCAAUCUCUCUCUCUUUUAUAUAUAUAUUAUAUAUAUAUACAUAUAUAAAUAUAUAUAGUUGAGAACUGUCCUGUAUAUAACAGUAAUGUAGCAAUAAAUGUGCCAUUUUUAAUAACAGAUUAUACCUUUUCCAAUGUCUGGCUUUUGAAUAUUGUAUACAUAAAAAGGAAAAUAAAGGAAACCAUUGUAAUAAAGGGUU